UAGUUGAUUUAUUAUUUAAAUCAUCUGAUUUAAUUGAGAAAAUUCAUAUUUAUGAUAGUUUUUAUAAUAUUGAGUCUUUGGAUAUAUAUAUAGAAAAUCAUUUAGUUUAUUUAACUUUAUAUAAAACAGAUUUUGAUUUAGAUGAAUUUGAAAAUAUAAAAAAUAUUACGAGUUUAAAAAUGAAAGAUGUUUAUGUAAAUAUAUCAUUAAAUAGUUUUAUUAGAAUACAAAAUAUCAGAGCUCUUACAUUGAUUAAUUGUAAUUAUGAAGAUAAUGAUUAUUUUUUUAUUAUGAACGAAUUGAAAAAAAUAACAUAUUUAAGAAUAAUUUUUUAUGAUAUUGAUAAAAUUCGUGCAAAGAAAAUAUAUGAUAUGUCUUUAAAAUAUGAAAAUAUCAAAAAAAUAGAAAUAGAAAAAUAUGAAGAA